GGGAGGAGAAGUUCAACGGCAUUCCUACUGUCAACAAUCCUGCUGCUGCUGCUGUUACCGCUAACAGUGAUCGGGUUUAGGUUCAGGAGAAAAACUGCACAUUUCUGUAUUAGUGAGUUACAGGUAGAUGUUUAGAGUGCAAGCUCAGUGUGGAGUGUGUUGGAGUUCGUCUGCUUCCAUGUUUGUUUUCAGAAAACAGUAGGAAGGUGGAGUUGUGUGUGAUCAAAUAAAACAACACCAGACAUCCAAGAGGAGUGUCAAGUGAAAGCAGCGUCCCACAAGAACGUCAGGAUGACUUCUCCAAAGCAGCAGCAGGACAGCGUCUCCAGCUUGGCAGAGGCAAUAUCCCCUGAGUCCUGGUCCAAAGUUGGCUGUCCAUGUUGCGUGUCGCCUGAAGUCGAGCCUCUGGUUCUGAUUCAACUGGCUGAGAACACGGAGUCCAACACCAAGCAGUGGAUCAUGUCCAUGAUCUCAGCACAUAAUACUGCAGGAGGGGCACACCUACUUGUACACCCCGGCGAAGAUGCCAGCUGGAGUCGAAUUGUGGUUGCGGCACCUCGCUGUACCUUACUCAGGGCCACAGAAGACCUGGGACUCUGCAAAGCUGACAAAGAGGGAAAUAUGAUCUUGUUUUCCUUUCAUGAUCAGGACAACUUCAGUAACAUCAAUGACAUGAAGAAGUUCCUGACUCUGGCUGAGAGACAGUACAUCGUCCAACACCAGCUGGAGUCCAUGAGAGCAGUGAAAGACCAGCGCAUCCCCGGAAUACAUGGAGACAAAGGCAUCCUGAGAUGCAGACAGAACAUAUUUCAGAAGCUGCAGAAAACAGGUGUGAUUCAGGAUGUUUUCCCCUUGUGCGAUGAGAAGAAGCUACAUGCUCUUAGCAAAGACUGGUAUCUACAGAAGCGUUUGUGGGGACAGCCUUUAGACACCGUUCAUGCUUACUUCGGCAGCUCCAUUGCUUUCUACUUCAGCUUUUUAGACUUCUACACAUGGGCACUGGUACCUCCAGCGUUUCUGGGACUCUUCAUAAUCUUCUUUCUUCCUGGAGCUCCGCCCACCGAUGAACCUAUAGCACAUAAUUCAACCCCUGGUCCGGGAUCCUUGGAUGCUGAUGACGGCCGUCUGUCUGUGAGUGCGUACAUGGUGCAGGCUGUGUUCAGUAUGAUCUGGUCAACCGUGUUCAUGGAGCUAUGGAAGAGACGAAGUGCUGCGCUGUCAUACUCUUGGGGCACACUGUCACUAACUGAGCAGUUUCAGGAACCGCGGCCUGGUUUCCAGGGUGAGGUGGGAAUCAAUCCUGUGACGGGUAGAACAGAGCCACUCUUCCCUGAUUUAAAAAGGCAGAUGCGGGUGGGUCUGGUCUCUGUGCCCGUAGUGCUACUUUUCCUUGGACUCGUUGUCCUCGGCAUGAUGGGAUUUUAUUACAUCGAAAACGUCAUGGCUUCAGUUCACAAAGCUUCUGGAUCCCUUAUAACAGCCACAUUGUCCUACCUGCCCUCCAUCAUCCACAUUGUCUACACCAACAUGCUGGGGAAUGCCUACCGCACAGUUGCACUGCAGCUCACCGAGUGGGAGAACCACAGAGAAGAAUCAGCUUUUCAGUAUCAUCACACCACUAAAGUUCUGGUGUUCACCUUUUUUAACAACUUUGCUGUGCUGUUCCACAUUGCCAUCUUCAAACAGGACCUCUUCCUACUACACAAGAGGCUGUCGUCGUUGCUGAUCUUGUCUCAAGUAGUAAACCAGUUCACAGAGGUGGUGGUGCCGUUUGUUGUAGAUCGUUUCUACAGUUCUUCACACAAAGAGCUGAAGGAGGACGACCCAGCCGCUGAUCACAUGCAGGCUGAAGGCAGUCUGCCCCCGUUUCCUGGACUGUUUCUGGAGUACAUUGAGCUGCUGGUGCAGUUUGGUUACCUGAGUCUGUUCUCCUGUGUGUAUCCACCCACGGCUGUGCUUCUACUAAUUAACAACAUCACAGAGAUCCGCGGGGACGCCUACAAGAUCUGCCGCCUCUUCCGAAAGCCAUUUUCUCCACCCGAGUCCGGCAUUGGCGUGUGGCAGACAGCAUUCGAGGUGCUGUCAUUUCUCUCAGUCAUAUCGAACUGUUGGCUGCUGUUUUUAGCUCCACGGAUAAAAGCGUUCACUCAGGAUGCUGGACUAAGCCCGAGCCUUGUGCUGAUAUUCUUCAUCAUGGUGGAGCACGUCCUGAUUAUAGUGAAAAUGAUUCUAGCCUUUAUUAUUCCUGACGAACCAGACUGGGUCAGAAUCAGGAAGGAAAAGAUCGAAUAUUGCAGCAUGCUGGCCCUCAAAGAGCAGAAGGUGAGGCAUUCCCAGACCGAUGCUCUGCCUCGCUCGUAACCCUGAGAUGGCGGAAAGCAGACACAGAGGUGUGGCGUCGACCAGCUAGUUCACUACACCGUGGUUUCUUUAAUGAUUUAAAGCACUUUGCUGUUGCACCGUCAGGUAUUGAGGUGCCAAAUGGUGCCUUGUGGGAAAUAAAGGACUGCUGUAGUAUAGAAAAAAGGCUUUUUAAAGGAACGUGGUAUAUAAAAUACAGAGCAGGACAUAGACGUUAGUGAGCUAAAUAAGGCAAUUAAAGGCAUGUUCUAAAGUUAAUCAGCUUGCUCACUAACCCAUAGGUCUGUGUGCAGAGCAUGCAUUAAAUAUGCCUAGGUGGGGUGUUUUAAAUAUUUAAAAAUAUAUCUUAUAUUACAAAAUGGCACAUAUGUAAGGCAUCACGACGGCGACACUAAACGGCAGACAAAUCGCAUUAUGAAGUACGUUCAUAAAUAUAUUAUACGUUGCGUCUCAAAUCACAUCCUACGACCUCAUACAUAACAAGUCUUUAGUGUUCUUUAGCAUAUAGAAUAUCCUUUAAAACGAGUGGUUCGUUAAAUGACAUUAAAUUGCAGGUGAUGUUAAUAAAAACAGCCUGACACUUUCAUUUAUCUGCAAAUUCUUCCGCUGACAUUAGAGUCUGUUAUCUGUAUCCAGCACCUGCAGAUCUGUUUUGUGCUACAUGAUAAGGUAGGUUCAUGUAAAAUACAUGCAUUACUUUUCAUCUCUUUUUUCAGUAAUAAUACAGUCCAGAAUCUGAGUUUGCUGCACUCAAUUUAUUUUUUUUGCACUUGGGCUACGUUUAGACUUGGCAUUAAAACACGAUCCCUGUAAUAAAGCGUCUCGGACCAAUCAGGACAUGUCACAUUUGCAUUCAUCAACAUCACGUAGCUUCUAUAUCUAGAUAUCUGAUCAGAUCUCUCUUUCCCACGCAAUAUUUAAAUAAGUCUGCAGAUCAAAGACGGUUCUGCAAAACUGACCUGAAGUGGUGGAGUUUCUUUGAAAACAUUUCAGAGAGAUUUCGUGAGAGAUUUUACAAAUCUUGUGAAAUGAGAAGGAGGAGGUUUUAAAUGUUACUAACGUCUCACGCUAUCGUCUCACGCUAACAUCUCAUGCUAACGUCUCACGCUAACAUCUGGAUCUGGGAUCGUUGCCGGCCGUGGUGGGAAAAGUCUACAGGAAUGAACGGUUCUGGAACUUUCUGGUACAUUAUAGCGUUAUAUUAUAGCGUUAUGUAUAAGCUACAUGCAUAAACAUAUCGUCAGCUACUGAUUUAUUUCUGUUGCUACUUGGAAGCAUAGCUUGAAUGCUCACGUCGCUCCUCAAAGAUAUAAAUAUGUGAGUCUCACACCCGCUUGUCCAUUAUCUUUCUGACAGUUCGGGAGAGAGGAUGGGAAUAAAAGAAAGCGUGCAGGGUUUUGUGUGAUGUCGAGCUGUGAACGCAGACACGGCGGCUGGGUUGUGUUGACGUUAUACUAAGAUCCAAUCGCAAUGAGUUCGACUACCUCGAAUCAGGACACGUCGGACAUUUGCACUCGUCUUGACUAUGCGUAUGUGGACGACAUCCAGAGCACUCGGGUCGCAUUUUAAUGCCAAGUGUAAACUCAGCCAUAGUUAAUCUAGAGCAGUACAUAAACAUGUGAUUUGAGACACAACACUCUUUGCACUUCAGCCUUUUUGCACCUUUAUCAUCUAGCAGCCAAAGAUUUUAGCUUGCAGCAAUAUUUACCUAUAUAUGGUGUGUAGUUUCCAGUUGAUGCCUUUCUGAAUUUAUCCAGCCACAUCUGAGUGAUGCUUUAUUGUCCAGCUAAAAGAACCAAAGAGUGAGAAUAAUACUCACCAAAAUGUUGUGCACUGUACUGAUAAUGAUGAAAAAAAAAAGAUACACAGACAUUCAUUUGUUUACUCCGUUUUAAUAAAUAAAUACAAAAAUAAAUUAA